AUGGACAAAAUCGUCGUUAUCAACGGAACUGACCGCAACCGUAUCGCUGUCGCACGUCGCAUACUGAACGGACUGCAAUGGCAAGAGCAAGACGGGCUUCUACCAUUGCCUCUUCUUGGGGGAGGAACGAGUUUGGUUUAUCUUCUGAGAUUCUUAAGUCAGUACACCAGUCCUUCAGCUGGCCACUCGUGUUCAUUUCGUAUCUGAGGCAACUUGCUUAUUCGCGUCUCUACUCAGGUCACGAUUGGCUCGGUGAAGCCGCGAUGAACUUGUCGAUUGAAAGCGUCCUUAGAGCUGGACGAGUGCAGAAUCCCGAUUCCGAAACAUCGUAUGGACUCAUACCCUCUAUCGACAUUUCCUUGUUACUGGCUCGCCCUUCCGGUUCGGAUCCUCAUUCGAUCUUCAAAGCCUGGCCCGCCAAACCAGUAUCGUAAUCUCAUCGAGCUAGGCGAUUGCAUGCGCAACGCGCCGACCUCAAAAUCAAUCUGGUUUUUACCCCUCUGCUCCGAUAAUCACUGCCACACCAUUGGAGAUUGGAUCUCUGAUCUGCUUUGGCCUCAAGCGUGGCAUGCAUUCACUCAGCUGCGAUCAAACUGCUUAUGGAGAAGAAACGCUGUCCAUCGGAAUUGGUACGUUGUUUUGAGUGGCAGUUGAGCUGUGACGUUCUCAUAUGACAAAGGUCUUGUCUGCUACAGUGCGAUACAUCUACAGCAAAGUGACAACACACCACUGCAACCGAGACACGCUCCCGUCGUUGGUUCUACUUUCAAAUGUCGUCGUACAGGAGCUCUCGCCUCAUCGAGCAAGCAUGCUAUUCCACUCACCUCAUUGAUGGCACCAUGCCGUUCCGCAUGAUUGAUGGUCGACAGGUCAUCGAGUCAUUAGGCCCGCCAGCGACUACAUAUCGUUCAACCACGGACCUUACCUCAUGUUACCCCGACGAGCGUAUAAUCAGCACGUGCGCACAUGCCGAGCAAAGAUUUGCCGCCCUUCGGAGCGUCCCCGGCCUGCGAGAUGCCGCCGGUAGAACCUCUACAAGCCGCACAAAUGCCUCCGCGGAUACAAGGAGCUCAAUUUCAGCAAAACGGAGGUCUGACAACGAAGUAGCGAGCCCACCAGCAAAGCAAGGAAGGCUUGUUUGAUGCCUGGAGCCACGCGCGACACCAGCCGAAGCGACGCGCGCCGCAAGCCACUUUCGAUCGGCCGCCGCGCGCCCGCAAACGCUCGGAACGCGUUUUCGAAGACUUUUGA